AACUCGUCGUCUUCUUCUUCCUUCUCGUUCCUCUGCUUACAUACUGUAACUCCAUGGAUAUCACUUCUACAAGGUCGAAGAAGAAUGGAACCUCAAAUUCCGACGACUCUGACGGCCGCGACAGCAGAGCGAUAGUCAGAAGGAGGCCGCCGACGAUAGCGGAGCUUUUGGCAUCCACAAGCUCUACACUCGCGACGAUCAUGUUCACGUGGACGAUCAUCCGCCAGUACUGUCCUCACAACCUCCGCCAAUAUCUCCAUAGAUAUUUAAACAAGUUCAUCGAUUACAUCUAUCCUAAUCCGUACGUUCGAAUCGCAAUCUACGAAUUCCUUGGGGAACGCCUCAAUCGAAGCAAAGCCUUCGCAGCGGUUGAAUCUUAUCUGAGCACUAAACUUUCAGAUGAUGCGAAAAGACUCAAAGCCGAGGUCGGGGAUAACAAGAACAAUUUCUCACUGAAUAUAGACGAGUACGAAAAAAUUACCGAUGAAUAUGAAAACGCCGAAUUCUGGUGGACUUUGAGCAAAAUCACUGGAUCGGCAAAGAAAUCUACCUCUCUGUAUCCAGAGCCCGAUCGGAGAUACUAUCAACUUAAAUUUCACAAGAAGCAUCGAAGCCUUGUAACUGAAUCGUAUUUGAAGCAUGUACUGAAGGAAGGGAGAGAAAUCAAAGUGAAUCGAAGGCAGAGGAAGCUGUACACUAAUGGAACUGGAAAUCGAUGGACGAUUCACCGGCAAACGACGAUGUGGAGCGAAGUGUACUUCGAGCAUCCUGCUAACUUUGAUACAAUCGCCAUGGAUCCAGAGAAGAAGCAAGAGAUUGUAGAAGAUUUACUCACAUUUAGGGAAAGCAAAGAUUAUUACGCUCGAAUCGGCAAAGCUUGGAAACGAGGCUACCUUCUGUACGGCCCGCCAGGGACGGGGAAAUCGACGAUGAUAGCCGCCAUGGCAAAUUUGCUCAACUACGACGUUUACGAUUUGGAAUUAACGGCGGUGAAGGACAAUACAGAGCUUCGGAAGCUUCUAAUUGAAACGACGAGUAAAUCGAUAAUCGUUAUCGAAGACAUCGAUUGUUCACUGGAACUCACAGGGCAGAGGAAAAUCAAGAAGGAAGGAAGCUCGAAAGACGAGGAGAAAGUGAAAGAGAAAGAGAAGCUAAUUAAGGAACAUUUGAAGAAAGAAGAAGAAGAAGUGAAAAGCAGAGUGACUCUGUCUGGCUUGCUGAAUUUCAUCGACGGAAUUUGGUCGGCGUGCGGCGGAGAGAGGCUGAUCGUUUUCACCACAAAUCACGUGGAGAAGCUCGAUCCAGCGUUGAUUCGAAGUGGACGAAUGGACAAACACAUCGAGCUCUCUUACUGCACCUUUGAAGCCUUCAAAGUACUGUCUAAGAACUACUUGAACAUCGAAACACAUGAGCUUUUUGAGGAGAUUCAAGACCUUAUCAAAGGAGCAAAAAUCACGCCGGCGGAUGUUGCAGAGAAUCUCAUGCCGAAAUCCCGGCAAGAAGUCGCUGAGAAUUCGCUUCGUAGGUUGAUUCGUAGCCUGGAAGAGCUGAAGCGCGCGGCGGAGAUUGAGUCAACAAAGGAAGAGAAACGGGCAGAAAAAUCAGAAGAGUCUCCAAAAUCAAUAGCUGUUCUUGAAAGUGUGGACUGAUUGGUCAGGAUUUUGGCUUGCGGAGCAAGGCAAGAAAAUGGUGAUGAGCAAUGAAGAAGGAAAAUGGUUAAACAAAAGAAUCCAAAAUUUAUAUAUUCUAUGCCAUUUGGAAGGUUUGAGAGGUGACCCAACAAUUUUUUAUUCAUCACUAAGGUUAGUGGUCUUUACUUUUUUCUUUUGGUGAAAGUCCAAGUAAGAUCGUGAUGAUGAGCUAAUGAUGAUUCGUUCAUGCUGUAGGCAAGUUGAAAGGGUAAGUUAAUUCUAGCCAAUUAUAUUAGGGGUAGGAUUAUCUAGCCAAGUCACAUUAAUGAACAUGUUGUAAAGUCUAUUAGCUUGACACCCCUCGAUCUAAACACUGACGUACGUGUUAAACAUGUUGGACAUAAAAAGUGAUAUAAGACUUGGGUCCACCUGGUCUAGUCAUAGACUCGAGAGUAAAAACAUGUUGAUGACAAAAACACCACACCAAGUAUGCUCCUUGCACGUUAGUUCAACACCUCGACUGUCGACUUGUGUGGAACGUGUGAGUUUUUCAUUUUUCUUUGAGUGAUCGAAGAAAAGAAUCCGAAAAAAAAAUAUUGAUUCGAAAAG